CGCCAUGGUUCUCCAACUGUAAUAACUUCCUUCCGAUAAACAGAAGAAAAUCGAAGAAGAAGAUGAUAAGGCCCGCUUCUCUUCUACCCUGCUCUCCAUUACAACUCCCCAUUGUUCCAUUUUUUCUCCAAAUCAGGAUUCAGCGUGGAAUCAAUCAAAUGCCAAUAAACGCCGCCUUCAAUCAUCGCCCUGCCCCUCUUUUUCACCCGCUCAACCCUUUCUCCUUCUCCUCCCCCCCGUUCCUUCGAUUCUGCUCCACCAGACCGUCUUCCGCCGCUUCUCAUGCUCCGCCGCCGCCAUCGCCACCACCAGUGAAGGUUCUAAUGGAGAAGAUGGAUCUCAUCGGAAUCGCCUGUGACGAGAAUUGUACGCCCGGAAAAUACUAUUGCUUGUUUUGCCCUAAGUGCAAGGGUGGGCCAUUAACUGAGAGGAGCUUAUCUCUUCAUGUGGUUCCAACAGGAGAUUUUGCAAUGUGGAGGUGUUACCUGUCUGAGUGUGGUUGGGCAGGCCGGAUAUUUGCAGAUGGAAGAUUGGCAUUUAAUGGAUUAGGCAGAACUGUAAAGUUGGUUGGACGGAGUGCAAAGGAGAGUUUGGUUUUGGAGCCUCUUGGUGAUGAGCUAAUCUUUUACUUUAGCAAGAGAAUGAUACCCCAGGAAACUCUAGAAAGGAAUUUUGUUAUGCAAAUAGCUGGUCGUCAGGGUGUCAUUGCAUUUACUUAUAGACAAAAUGGACAGCUCCUCGGUUGCAAGUAUCGAACAUUGGACAAGAGAUUUUGGCAGGAGAAGGGUACAGAAAAGUUAUUAUAUGGGAUUGAUGACAUUAAUGAUGCAGAUGAAGUGAUCAUUGUUGAAGGUGAAAUGGACAAACUUUCAGUAGAAGAAGCUGGCUUCCUCAAUUGUAUUAGUGUUCCUGGCGGUGCCCCAAGAAAAGUUUCAACCGAUUCAGUACUACCAUCAAUUGAAAAGGAUACGGCAUAUCAGUAUUUAUGGAGCUGUAAAGACUACUUAGAUAAGGUUUCCCACAUUAUCUUGGCAACUGAUAGUGAUGAACCAGGGCAAGCUUUGGCAGAGGAGUUAGCACGCCGCCUUGGAAAACACAGAUGCUGGCGGGUAGAUUGGCCGUAUAAAGAUGACUUCAACCGGUUUAAAGAUGCAAACGAGAUUCUAGUGCAUUUGGGGCCGGAUGCUUUGAAGAGAGCACUAAAAAAUGCCAAGUCAUAUGAACAUUCUAAUGCAAAUCAAAUACAAUAAGAAGAGGACCUCAAGAACUUUGCAAACCUUGAUGAUAGCUAUAGAAAACAAUGUAACUGAUCUAAAAUGGAGAGGUUUACGAGUUACAUUUAUAGAUGCGUCUUUUAAUAGAUUAGAAAAUAAACCUACUUUGAACUAAAUGAAAUUAUGCUAAAAAGUUUGAAA